AUGACUGGUAUAACCUACUGGGUCGUUCGGCACGCAGAACGUGAGGAUAAUAUUAGCCAUGAAUGGAGGAAGCAUUCAAAUUUGAAAUCCGACAACUCGCCUUUGUCCAAACGUGGACAAGGGCAAGCUGAUGAAGUGGGAGUACGUUUUGAAAAGGUUCAUUUGGACCACGUAAUUGUGUCGCCGUUCGACAGGUGUCUUGAAACUGCUACACGUAUUCUGAAAGACAAGAACGUUCCGAUCAAAGUCGAGCCUGGGCUUGUUGAAGCCUUAUAUCUUUGUGAAAAUCCUCCCGGGUAUGAAUCUCUCCAAGUCCUAAAAGAAAAGUAUCCUUUGGUUGAUACUGAGUAUGAACCGAUCAUGCCUUGGAAACUCCCCAAAGAAGGUUUUGGAGAUGAUGCUUGUACUAGUCGUGUACAGCGGACACUGGAUGGCAUUGCGGAAAAGUUUCCAGGUACAACGAUUCUUCUAGUGUCCCACGGAGCUCCGAUUGGUGCUAUUCAUGAAAUAUUGACCGGUAAUUGGAAAUACGUUGGUCAGGCCACAGUCUCAAAGUUUGUUGAGUCCUCUCCAGGCAAGUUUAAGAAGGAACUUAGUAGCGACGCUUCCCACUUAAGCGACAAGUCAAACUUACGACCUUGGUAG